ACGUCAGUCAGACCCGAAGAAGAAAUCACUGAACGUCUGCGCUGCUUCCGGGGGGAGUGCUAACGUUAGCUCGAUGCUAGGUUUGCGCUAACACUGUUUUUCAGGAGUGUAACUUGUAACAUUGCCAUGAAUUAACAACGACGAGCUGUCGACGCCAGAUCCUGUAAACACUUCGGUGGUGCCUGCCUGGACAGAGACAGAGGUGUCAGGCAUGUAUGCCUCUGGGAAAUACAGCUCGCGGGGCCCUGCUCUCAUCCCACGGAUGAAAACCAAGCACCGCAUCUACUACAUCACCCUCUUCUCUGUGGUGCUGCUCGGACUGAUUGCCACUGGGAUGUUUCAGUUCUGGCCUCACUCCAUCGAGUCCGCCGCUGACUGGACUCUGGAUAAGCGCAGUGUCCACGACGCGCCUCUGGUCCGCCUGCCUGUCUCCAGUCCCAUUCCUGAGAGGGGUGAUCUCAGCUGUCGCAUGCACACCUGUUUUGAUGUGUACAGAUGUGGCUACAAUCCUAAAAACAGAAUCAAGGUCUACAUCUACCCCCUGCAGAAGUUUGUGGAUGAAUUGGGAGUUCCCAUCAGCAGUACCGGACUGUCUCGAGAAUACAAUGACCUGCUCAGUGCCAUUUCCGACAGUGACUUUUACACUGAUGACGUCACCAGGGCAUGUCUUUUUAUCCCAUCUAUUGAUGUGCUUAAUCAGAACUCCCUGCGCAUCAGAGAGACUGCCCAGGCUCUGGCAAUGCUGCCCAGAUGGGACAAAGGGAUGAAUCACCUGCUUUUCAACAUGUUACCUGGAGGCCCCCCGGACUACAACACCGCCUUGGAUGUGCCCAGAGACAGAGUGUUGCUGGCUGGAGGUGGGUUCUCAACUUGGACCUACAGACAGGGUUAUGACGUCAGUAUCCCCGUGUACAGCCCCCUGUCUGCGGAUGUUGAGCUGCCUGAGAGACAGCCUGGGCCACGGCGCUACUUUAUUCUGUCUUCUCAAACUGCCAUCCAUCGAGAGUACCGUGCUGAACUGGAGCGCUUGAAGGAAGAAAACGGAGAAGCACUGCUCCUCCUGGACAAGUGCAGCAACCUCUCACAGGGCGCCGCCUCUGCCCGAAAACGCUGCUACAAGGGGCAGGUGUAUGACUACCCUCAGAUCCUGCAGGAGUCUUCGUUCUGUGUGGUUUUGCGGGGAGCACGAUUGGGUCAGGCUGCCCUCAGUGAUGUGCUACAGGCUGGCUGUGUCCCCGUCAUCCUCGCUGACUCCUACAUUCUGCCAUUCUCUGAAGUACUUGAUUGGAAAAGGGCAUCUGUGGUUAUUCCAGAGGAGAAGCUGUCAGAGAUGUACACCAUCCUGAAGAGUAUUCCUCACAGACAAGUUGAAGAGAUGCAGAGACAGGCUCGCUGGUUCUGGGACGCAUACUUCAGCUCCAUGAAGGCUAUUGGCUUGACAACGCUCCAGAUCAUCAAUGACCGCAUCUACCCAUAUGCUGCACGCACUUACGAGCAGUGGAACAAUCCACCUGUGGUGAAGUGGUCCAGUGUGAACAGCCCUCUGUUCUUGCCACUCAUCCCACCAAGGGCACCUGGAUUCACCGCUGUGGUGUUGACCUACGAUCGCGUCGAGAGCCUUUUCCGGGUCAUUACAGAAAUCUCCAAGGUGCCUAGCUUGGCUAAGCUGCUGGUGGUGUGGAACAACCAGAACAAAAGUCCUCCAGAGGAGUCUCUUUGGCCAAAGAUCGGCGUUCCUCUCAAAGUCGUGCGAACCAAAGAGAACAAGCUGAGUAACCGCUUCUUCCCCUAUGACGAGAUCGAGACGGAAGCCGUGCUAGCGAUCGACGAUGACAUCAUCAUGCUGACAUCUGAUGAACUGCAGUUUGGCUACGAGGUGUGGAGGGAGUUCCCAGACAGACUGGUGGGCUACCCUGGCCGGCUGCACCUCUGGGACCAUGAAAUGGGGAAGUGGAAGUAUGAAUCCGAGUGGACCAACGAGGUUUCCAUGGUUCUAACCGGAGCUGCUUUCUACCACAAGUACUUCAACUAUUUGUACACAUACAAGAUGCCAGGAGACAUCAAGAACUGGGUGGACGCUCACAUGAACUGUGAAGAUAUUGCCAUGAACUUCCUGGUGGCUAACAUCACAGGCAAAGCGCCCAUAAAGGUGACCCCCAGGAAAAAGUUCAAGUGCCCUGAGUGUACUGCCAUUGAUGGACUGUCUCUGGAUCAGACGCACAUGGUGGAGAGGUCUGAGUGCAUCAACAAGUUUGCAUCAGUUUUUGGUACAAUGCCUCUGAAGGUGGUGGAACACCGUGCAGACCCGGUACUCUAUAAAGACGACUUCCCAGAGAAGCUCAAGAGCUUCCCCAACAUCGGCAGCCUCUGACCAGCACGUAACAGAUGUUUGGACCUCGUCACGGCCUCAACAACUCAACAUUUGUCACCGUUAUCAUCUUUUAUAUCGGAACGUCAACAUUCAGACUAAAGUGGUACAUGCUCCUCCUCACUCCAAGUGACUUUUAGUUUUUUUGUAAAUUUAAUUUAAAUUGUACAGGACAUUAAAUUAGUGCUCUGAAAGACAGAGGACUAGUGCUGAGUGUGAUUAGACUGAUUUGUUUAUUGGACUUAAUGUAAAAGAUUAGAGUAUUACCAAUACUUACCAAGACGAAUGUUACAUGAAUUCUAUUGGACGGUCACCCAGAGUCUGAAGUUUGGUUGACAGGAUGACUCAUUGGAGGCUUGUGGUUCCGCACUGUUACAGUUUAAGAGCUGGAAAAAGCUGGAAUCAGCAUAUACAGCGUAUAUAUAUAUAUAUUUGUAUGUUGCAGCAGUGCUGUGUGAUAGUCAUAAUUUAUGAUGCUCCGGCUUCAACUUUCUUUUUCUUUUUUCAAAAUCUGACAUGGACCUGAUUCUUUUAGCCGUGCUGUGUGAAAAGGAACAGUGAUCAAAGUUUAAUUUACAUGAUAUAUAGGAAAUAAUUCAGAGAAAUAUCUAUGUAGCUUUAUCUAAUGGCUAAUUGAAUGUGAUGAGCACACAGCAUGGUGGCUAACAGAUGAUGUACAGAAAGCGUACGGCCACAUACGGUCUGUUUUACGCAAUCAAGAUUGGACCAAGCUGGUACCAUAAAUCUUUUAUGUAAAGUGAGUAACUGCUGAUUUUAAAAUAUCGAUGCUGAGCUACUGGAACAUCUUGACUUGUGAAUUUUUAGACUUUCUGGUUAUACUGGGUUUUUUUGUUCAUUCAUAAAGAAAGCAGUGAUGCUCAUUGAAGCAUCCACUAAGUCAUUUCAUGCGUUUAUGUGUUUGAACACUACAUGAGAGUAUGCCUGGGGCUUGACAAA